AUGAGCGCCCCCGGCGCCGGCUGCCGGCUGCAGCCGCUGCUCCGCACCCUGCAGGACCCCGCCGCGCCGCCGGGGGACCUCACCGACGCGCACCUCGCCAUCGUCGGUCGCUUGACGGGUGAGGAAGGCAAAGAAUUCACUGCAGACCUCAGGAAAAACUUCCCUCAGCUUUGGAAAGUGUUUAAGACACACAUUUCUAGUCAAAACUCAGAGCUAAAUAAUGCAGCAUUACAGGCGUUAGGAUUCUGUGUUUUUAAUUCAAAGAUGACAUCAGAUUUAUCUGCAACUGAAAUGCAAGACUUGCUCUCCGAGGUGGUCGGUGUUGCUGUAAAAACUUCAGACAAAAACACUCGGACUCGGGCACUGUGGGUGAUCUCUAAGCAGGCCUUACCUUCUGAAGUUGUUCAAAAGGAGGUUCCCAGUAUAAUUUCUGCCCUGGAAGCAAUACUUACUAAAGGAGAUGUGCAGUCCUUGGUGGUUGAAUAUGAAGCACUAAAUGUCAUCAUACGCUUAAUGGAGCAGACUCCAGCCCAGAUGGGAGAAGAGGCAGUGAGGUGGGCAAAGCUGAUCAUUCCUCUGGUUGUGCACUCAGCUCCUAAGGUGCAGCUACGAGGUGCUGCUGCUCUGGAGAUGGGGAUGCCACUGCUUCUCCAGAAGCAGCAGGAGGUGGCAGCUGUCACUGAGCACCUAAUGACCACAAAACUGAUUUCAGAGCUUCAGAAAUUGUUUUCUACAAAAAAUGAGACUUACGUGUUAAAACUGUGGCCGCUCUUUGUCAAACUGCUUGGAAAGACCCUGCAUCGCAGUGGCAGUUUUAUCAACUCCUUGCUGCAACUGGAGGAACUGGGAUUUCGUAGUGGCUCACCAGUGGUAAAGAAAAUAGCCUUCAUUGCAUGGAAGAGUCUAAUAGAUAAUUUUGCUCUAAAUCCAGAUAUUUUGUGCAGUGCAAAAAGGCUGAAGCUGCUGAUGCAGCCACUGAGCUCCAUCCAUGUGAGGACAGAGGCUUUGGCACUGACAAAGCUGGAGGUCUGGUGGUAUUUGCUCAUGAGGCUGGGACCUCAGCUGCCUGCCAACUUUGAACAGGUCUGUGUGCCACUAAUCCACAGUACUUUAAGCCUGGAUUCUUCUGCUGCACUGCAAGGAACUCCCUCCCGGGUCCCAGCCAACCAAAGUUUAGCCCCAGCAACCCCUACACAGAAAUCAGGUACUUACCCGUUUACAAGCCCCGUCACUCCAAGAAUAAGCUUGAACGCCAGCCCUGGAGGAAUGGUGCUGUUUCCUUCCAUUCAGCUUUUGGGAAUUGAAAUGCUGCUUCACUUCUUGAUGGGACCAAAAGUUGUAGAUUUUGCCCAGCAAAACAAACUUGUACUUAAUUUAGAGCCUCUCCAGUACCCAUUGAUCAGUAGCCCUUCUUUUUUUUGUAAGCAUGCCAGCACUCUGAUAAAUGCAGUUCAGGAUGGCUUCAUUGCAACUGGAAAAGAAGUUCCUGAUUGUAUGCUGAACGUUAUAUGGAAGGACAUAAAUGGAUAUGUGAAAACAGCUCUUGAACCAGGAAAUAAGAAGGAGAAGCAAGGGUCAGAAAUACUCACUCUGUUGCUCCAGGCCUUAAAAAACAUUGUUAUAUCAAAUUCUCUUCCUGUGCAGAAAAUACUGUCCCUCAUUGAUAUUACUGUUAAAGAACUGCCUCCAAAAGUGUUGGGUUCACCAGCUUACCAGGUUGCUGAUAUGGAUCUUUUAAAUGGAACACCUGCUUUGUUUUUAAUUCAGCUGCCUUUCCAUAACAACCUCUUGGGAAGCUGUGUAACAGAGGAGAGAUUCUUUGUAAUUCUAGAAACUCUGGUGGGCUAUGUUUUGUCUGGGCCUACGUCUCCAUUGGCUUUCAGUGAAUCUGUGAUCUGCAUCAUCAAUCAGAGUGCAAAUCAGGUGGAAAAUAAGGAGCAUCUUUGGAGAAUGUGGAGUAUUGUUGUGAGUCCUCUAACCGAAUGGAUUAAUCGGACUAACGAGGUCAAUCAGGGUGAUGCCCUGGAGCACAACUUCAGCGCUGUCUAUAGCGCUCUGCUCCUUCCUGUCUCACACAUCUUCACUGCUCAGGAGUUCCCACAGGCAACCAUGAAGUCCCUGUUGCGCACCUGGUCGGAGCUGUACAGAGCGUUCGCUCGCUGCGCUGCUCUAGUGGCAACAGCAGAAGAAAACCUGUGCUGUGAAGAGCUCUCUGCCAAAAUCAUAUCUGGGCUAGAAGGUGAAACUCCAGUAAUGUUGACGAUGCUGGAUGGGCUCACCCAUAUCUUAUCAGUUAUGGUUGACUGCAUCAACUUUGCACCAUAUGGCACCAAAUAUCAGCCAAAAGCCAGAUCUCCACAGACACCUACAGAUUGGUCUAAGAAGAAAAAGGAACCCCUUGGAAAGCUUGCCUCUCUGUUUAAACUCCUGGUGAUGUUACUAAACUCUUUCCAUGUGUUCAGUUCCAAAGAAAUCUGUUCAGAAACAUUGGUCUCUGUUGGUCCUUCAAUUCUUGCUAUUCUUCACAACAUCAUCAGCCACGUUUCAUUGCCUUCAGUGAUUGGGACUAUGUUUGCAAUUUUUUCAAAACCCCUGGCAGUGUUUUAUGAAAAAACAAAGCUUGCUGAUGUAUCUCCAGUGUACAGUAACCUCAGCAACAAGCUGGAGAAGCUGCUGGCUGAGGUGGUCCUGUGCAUCCAGUCUCACUGCACUGGCUCCUACGACAGCGAGCUGCUGGAGCAGCUUUCUCCCUUGCUCUGUGCAGUCUUUCAGCACAAGAGCAAGCAGAUCCGCAGCCAGUGCGCCCUCUUCUGGAAUGCGACGUUUGCCAAGGCUGCAUCCUUAACCUACCCUGAGGAGCUGAAAGCCGUGCUAAGCCAAGCCAAAAAGAAGACCCCACUCCUGCUGCCUGGGUUUGAAAGCAUCGAGGUGGCUGAGGAAAGCAGUGCGCCCUUCUCGGAUCCAAUGGAAAACUCCCAGUUGGAUGCAAAGAUAAGUGGAAUGGAAGUACAGCUGGGCCAGAAGCGAGACUCUUUGUUGGCACAGAUGAGUGAAGCAAAAGAUGAAGGAAAAGGCAAGGCCAGUAAUGUGCAAGCAACAUCUGCAAAGCUGAAACUGGAAUUUACAUCUUUGAAGCCUAACAGUGAGAUACUUCUGGAAGAGGAGAAAUCUGUUGAAUUUGUGGUUAUUCCUCCACAAGCAAAACCAAGAAUAUUGACAGAACAUCAAAAAGAAGUGCUCAGGUCAAAGAGAGUUGGGAUUCCUGUGAUGUACAACAACUUGGACUCCUCACAAGACACCACCUUAUUUUCACAAAGCCAGGAGGAUUCUUUGGAUAAUCCAUCUGUAGCAGAACAUGCAGAAGAAGAUGCUAACAACAAGCCUCAGGAAAAAAAUGUAAGGAGUGAAGGAUGCAGGGGCAGGUGGAGUGAGCCCCCAGAAGCCUGCAGACCAGAGGAUGCUCCUGAGGAGGCUGCGGGUGGGACAGCGGCACCGAGCACUGCCGUGGAGGAGAGCCCAGCCUCACGCAGCCAGGGGGAGGCAGAACAGGACACAGCAGAGAUGGUGGUGGAGGAGCCAGCAGUGGGACAGGGGCUAGAAGAAUGUUCUAUGGAAGCAGCCUCAAAGGAGCCUUUGGCAGGGAAGGAAAACACUUCCAAUGUCAGCAGCAGCUCCAGCUCCAGCGACGUGGUGUCGGGGACGCCGCAGCCGGCGAGCCGCCGGCAGUCCUUCAUUACUCUGGAGAAGUUUGGCAGCUCAGAGAACAGACCUUUCAGCCCCUCGGUGUUAAACAGUCUGUCAGAGGUGUCUGGAAGUGCUUCUGGAGCUGGUAAACAGGAAAAUGGAAACAAGACAAGUGCUAAAGCAGAGAAACCUGGAGAAGAGAAUUCGAAGGCAGAGGCUGAGCAGCUGCUCCCGGCAGCCCGCAGGCUGACUCGCAGGCAGAGCAGGCUGGAGCUCCAAAGGAAAAUGCUGUCCAGUUUGUCAGCUGGGUCAGAACAAGAAUCUUUUGCUUCCAGCAGCAUGGAAAACAGUCAUGAACUAUGUUCUGCAGUAGAAGACAUGGAGCAUAUUCUCCUUGCCCAGUCCCAAGCUCUCCAUUCUACAGAAAUAGACAUUAAAAAAGCUGAAGACACGAUAGCAGAAAUAGAGAGGAUCCGGGCACUGGACAUGGAUUCUAAGGAAAAUACACCCCCAGAGACAGCAGUGUCCUCUGAGCAGGUGAUGGGUGAGGACAAUCAGAUCCUGCAUGUGACGCCUAAUCAGAAAGUGCCAAGACGUUCUUCAAGACGACGGGCAGAAUCUCUAGAAGGUACAGCAGGAGGUCCUGACAAGGAGGACGGCCACCAAAAGAGAGACAAACUCAAAGAGGAGGACAAAUCAGAGCAAAAGGAGUUGCCCCAGACUGAAGAUGAUGGGUCCCAAAAGGAGAACAGAGUUUUUGGGGAAACGACAGAAAAUGCAAGUAAAGAAGGAAGCAACCUACCUGAGAGAGCUGCUGCAGAGGACUUCAGCUCAAAGGAGGCGCCUGCUUCCAAGGACCUCAAUGAGGAAGCAGAUAAAAGUGCCAGGAGGUCAGAAGAGAACUUGAAGGCUGACACAGAAGAUGAAGACUGCAUCUUGGCUGCAGUAGGUCAGAAGAAGAUGGAACGGCCACGGUACCACACCAGGAGAGCUUCACAAGGAUUGCUUGCCAGCAUCGAGAACUCUGAGCCUGAUGGCUCUGAGACCAAGGAAGAAAGCACAAGGAAGAGAAAAUCUGCAAGACUGAGAAAUAGAAGUGAUUCUCUUGAAGGUAAACUGAAAGAUCUACAGCCAGGAAACAGCAGCCAUGAGGUGUCUUCCCAAGGAAAUGAAACAAAUCUGUUGGAAUCAAACAAGGGUGAGCUGAGCCACGAAACCAGCACAGAUGCUGCCUUGACAUCUGGACCGUGUGGCCUGAAAAGCCAAGGAACUCCCACAGAUGGCAGCAAAGCUGUGGGAUCAGCUGCCUCAGGGGAUUCACCCGAGGCACAGGAUGCAGAUCUGGAACAAAACAAGAGCAAUACCUUGAUGGAAUCAUCUACCACCCCAUCUGUAUCUGAUAAAGAUUUGAAAGCAGCAGAGGAAACCAGACACAUGGAGGAACAAACAAAGAUAGAAGACUGUUCAGCUGUUCUGCCUGGUGAUGUGCCAGGAGCAAAUGCUUCAGGUGCUGAUCUCUCUACUUCAGAGGCACCUCAGGGCCAGCACAAGAGAAGCAGAAGGCUGAAAAGACAAAGGAACUGUGAUUGCUGUGAUAAAAAGCCAAAGCAGCAAGUGAUGUCCGUCACUGAAUCAAAAAAUGAGAACCCUCCUGAGCUGGACAAGCCCCAGACCACCCCAGUUCAGAUGCCUGUAAACACAUCAGCCGUGUCAGGUCAUUCACACCUGGAUGAGAGCUUGUCCAUGGCUCCUUGUGCUAUGAGCACUCCAUUGCAUCCUCCCAAGGAGCCCAGUGAGUUUGACCUGGAAAGAGAGCCAACAUCUGAAGAUCAUCUGCAAGGAAAGGUUGUUAUAGUGGAGGAGGAUCCGGAGGAUUCAGAGUGGGUAGUCGGUGAAAUUACUGAGUCCAUAGUGGAAAUUAAAGAACUGCAUGAUCAGAAUGACCAGCCUGAACAGUGUCUGUCUGAGUGUGCUUCAGACAAGCCUGGGGACAGCUCUCUGGCUGCAGGGGACCAAAGUGAAGAACCAGAAGCUACAGAAAAGAAAGAAGUCAGUCAGAAUGGACAACCGGAGGAGGUUCCUGAGACUCAGAUUGCUUUUAGUGAAAGGGAGGAAAAGCAGAUGAAUGAGCUGGAAAGCAGCUGGGAUGAUAAAGAAGAAGCUGAGAAAGUUGUAGCAAAAACUGUAGUUAUUGAGCACGAGGAUAUAAAGGAGGAAUUAGUGGAAAUUGAAAUUACAGUGCCUGAAAAUGUGGCCUUAGACAAAGAAGGUGCAGCAGCAAAUCAUGUGGAUUCGCCUCAGAAGCCGGAGGAUCCCGAUUCCUUGAGGCUGGUGACUGAGAGCCCCACUGGUGUCCAGGCACGUUGUGUGUGGUCCCCUUCAGCCUCUCCAUCCACUGGCAUCCUAAAGAGAGGUGUGAAAAGGAACCAAGAUGAUGAUUCCCUGUCACCUGCUAAUAAGAUCCGCAGAGUCUCUUUUGCAGACCCAAUUUAUCAAGAAGGACUGGCAGAUGACAUCGACAGGAGAAGCCCAGUCAUCAGGUCCCAUUCUUCACCAUCCUCACGAAGCCUUAAAAUUUUAUCUAAUAUUCAGGUCAAGCAUAUUACCACUCCAACCAAAGGAUUUCUGUCCCCAGGAUCUCGUAACCCUAAAUUUAAGAGCUCAAAGAAGUGUUUAAUUACGGAGAUGGUGAAGGAGGCGCUGCCCAGUGCCUCGGAGUGUGUGUAUCCUGCCCUGGCUGGCUGCAAGGCUCCCGUUGAUGUCAUCUUGCCUCAGAUCACAUCAAACAUAUGUGCCAGAGGCCUGGGACAGCUCAUUCGAGCCAAGAACAUUAAGACUGUGGGUGACCUGAGCACUUUGACAGCACCAGAGAUCAAAACUCUGCCCAUCCGCUCUCCCAAAGUUACCAAUGUUAAAAGAGCUCUCAAAGGAUAUCAUGAGCAACAGGUGAAGUCUCGAGGAUGUGAGGAAAUAAUAGUGCUUGAGGAUGCAGAGAGGCCCAUAAUUAAUGCAGAGGAUAAAGCUCUUUCUGUAGAUGAAGAAAAACUUGCAACAGAUUUGAAUACAAAUGACCAGCCCUCAGGGGACCUCCUGGCCCAGAUUGAUGCCCUUGCUGCUCAGCUGAGCUCUGAGGAUCUUCACAGCUAUUCAGGCAGCCAGCUCUUCGAGAUGCAGGAGAAACUGGUGGGCAUGACAAACUGUAUCAUGAGGAACCUGCGGUCCCGCUGGAAAUCGCCCCCCCAUGACAGCUCUGACUAGACAUGCUGAACAGCAAAGCGAGGAGGAUUUUGUUACAGCUUCCCCCAAACCUGCUUUUCUUACUGCUGAAUUUACUCCUUAAACUGUGCAUUUUGUACUAUAGAAGAUUUUUUUUAAACCCCCAUCAAAGGCAAAAUGUGCUGUGGUUUGUUUCCCCUGUUGCCUUGGGGGGGGGGGGCUCGUUCCCCGCCAGAGGUGUUUGUAGUUCUGUUGCUAUGCAUGUUUCUUUCAGGAUAGGGAAAGAGAACUCGACAUAGUUGUGCAAUAGCAAAGACUUUGAAACCAAACCAGCAGAGUUAGUAAAUUAUUUUUUCAAAUCCCAAGUGUUCUUACUGCUGCAAGCUCUUCCUGUCGGGUGAGAGAUGGAUCCCUCAGCUCUGCUCUCCUGGUGCCUCUGGCUGUUCCCUCCCUCCUUGCUGACACUGACAGAAAGUGGCUCUUUGCAGCUCUGUUUUAUAUUGAGAUAAGUUCCUUGCAGCAGCCAAGGAGCCUGGUGUCUGACAACUGGAUGACUUCUAUUUUUGCAUGUAUUUUUGUAAGGAUCACACUAAGAAGCUGAUAAUGAAACGUACCCUGGUGGGUGCAGAACUUCUCAGGCUUUUCCCCGUGAUCUGUUUGCAGCAGUUCUGUGGAGACAACUUUUUUCCUUGGGGAGAUUAAUGGAUUUGACAAGAGCUCUUUGUAUAAUAUGUACAGACAUAUGAUGGGAAAUGUUGGUUAAUAAUUUAUGAACUUGAGGUUUAAUUGCAUGGAAUGCAUUGCUGCUUCUCAGAGACUUUGGGAGAGAGCUCUUGGGUUUCACUCUGGAAAUCUGAAGUGUAUAUAUUGUACUGUAGCUGUCAAAGUGGACAUUAUUGAAAGGAAUUGCUGCAGGUGGUUUAGACCUUGCACAUGGGCAAAUAAAGCAGCACAUAGUUCCCAAAUUUGCUAAUGUUGUGGUGGUUUUGCGGUUGUUUUUUUUCCCUUCACUCCUCAGCUUUGGAUUCACAAGGUUGGGAGGGACCCUGGAAGGUCCUUGCUGCCACCUUAAGGUAGGAGCAGCUCUUCAGGCACAUGGUAGGGGCUUGGCAAAAGGACUCUCAGUAUUCUUUGCCCUGCUUGUGUAUCUCCUGAAGGAAAUGAAGAGGACAAGGAGGUGU